AUGUCGAUGCGGCCCAAGAAGAAAUCGAGGUCGAAGUUCUUUGGCCUUCUAGAAGUCUUGUGCUAUGAUGCGCCUUCUCCAGCAGGGCUCACCUCUGGCCACGCUGCAGGAAUGCUGAAAACCCACUGCGCAGAAAGGCUCUGCCAGUUCACGUCGCCGCGCUUGGGGAAAGAAGCCCCGCCGGGUCCGCCUUGCCGCCCGCGGGGCUGGAGAAAGCCUUUUCGGUGGGAUUCCCGCCUGCUCCAGAACCCUGGACGGGCCAGAAGGGUCCUCCCCCGUGACCAGCUCUCCGCACACACACACACAGACACCCAGCGGGCUGUGGAGAUCUUAGCCCGGUACCAGCGCUUCUUGCGGCCCCCAGUAGAGCAGCCCCUGCAAGCCUCCCUUGAGAAGGUGCUGAGCCUCUUUCGGAGCGAACUCUUCCAGGCACUGCUGGAUAUCCAGGAGUGCUAUGAGUUAAGCCUGCUCUCUGCCUGCAAGCAGGAUGGGACCACAGGUCCAGGGGAUGGCAGUCCACCUCCGUGCCGGGACGGCGCUGUUACAAAGGGCUACCUGGAGAGACACGGCCAGGACAGAAAGGCUCAGCAGGGGACGCUUCGGGGACAAGCAGCUGGGGACCCGGACUCCGCGCGACCCCCCCGGCUGGUGAAAGUGACCGAGAGCAGAACCGAGUUGCCGGCACACGUACGCAGCCUGGUGGUCGGUGUGCGCAGCUCUUUGCCCAAGCAGGAAGAACUUUCAAGUGAUAGCUUGGACCCCUUCCACACCCCUGACCGUGGGUUGUGACCCCCGAGAACUUGCCCAGAUUUGGGUUUGGCACCUGAACUGAAAGAGGGGCCCCGAUGGUAGGAGGAGAGACAGGCAAGGAGACCGACCCGCUUUGUCUGCAAUGGGGGAAUGAGGGAGGCUGUGGGUGCUGGAGAGGUUGCCGACUGAUCCCGCCCUCCUGCCCUGGCUCCGAUCCGUCCUUUAAUUUGUCUGCUCUUGAGGAGAAGUGGGGUGGUGGCAGUGUUCUAUUCUUCUUCUGCUUUGCUUGUGACAAUUCAGUUGUUUAGUAGCAGAAACACACAUGAUCUGUGGGAAAUGUUGCAACUCCCAGGGACAGAGACUGUGUGGAACUGUAGCCGGGCUCCGUUUUGGAGAGCCUCGUUCAGGAGAUGGGCAUGGAUUG